CUGAAAGGUUAUAUGGCGAAGCGUUUUUCAAGAGAGAAAAGUAAAUAAUGAACAAAAUUUAACUGAAAAUCGGAUAACCGCGCUUAAAUUCCAACAACAUGGCAAGCAAUAUUUACAACGACAACUUGGUGACCGAAAACGGUGAUAGUUUUAUUCCUGCCUCUCAAAGACCCGAUGGCACCUGGAGGAAAGCGCGAAGGGUUAAAGAGGGUUACGUUCCUCAGGAAGAAGUGCCUUUAUACGAAAGCAAAGGCAAACAAUUUGCAAAUAAAAAACCGGAGCCUGUUAAACUUGCCACUGGCCAAACGGCCAGCAGACCCAUCCCCGGGUUAUUUAUUAUUGAAGAUAAAGAGAAGAAGCAAAGCAAAAAGAAGAAUAAAACAAAAGUUGAAGAUAUUACUUUAAAACUUGACAAUGUUAAGGUAAGUGAAAAAGUCGAAAAACCACCACAAAAAUCGUCCGAUUCGUCUAAAAACGAUGAAGCCGCAGACCCUGCCAAGAAAAUGAAGAGUUUGAAGAAAAAAUUGCGCGAAAUCGAAAUGUUGGAGGAAAAAAUUGCUCAAAAACAAAUAAGUAAGCCUGAACCCGAACAGCUUGCCAAAAUAAAAAGAAAAAAUGACAUUCUCAUGCAAAUCCAUAAUUUGGAGAAAUUGUUGUAAGACCAGUUUUCCAACAACACUGUAUAUAAAAGCAAUUAUUGACUUUUUAGAUAUAACACCUAAUUUUUAUUCUAUUUUUUUUCAUCGACUUUUUUAUAAUUAAAUUAAAUUUUUG